UAUUAAGUAAUAGUUUGCCAAUGACAUUGGAAAACAUGUGUGGGACAUGAGAGUGGAUUUAUUCUAAUUUGAUCAGCUUUUGAUUCAAGCACCUUAAACCAUGAACACACUGAUACAUUAACACCCACAUCUUGUGAUACAGUAUGUUCCCAUGCAUAGCAGGAUCCUGAAGGCAAACUGUACCGUAAAAUUAAAAGAGCAAACAAAAGUUGCAUGCCUAUGCAUGUGUGCAUAUCACAAGGUGUUUACGCAUUAGUUCAUUUACAUUUCACCUGAGGACCCAACUGGUUGAACCAGUGCACUUGUAUGGUGCAAAGAUAGCACCGCCCAUGCUACAAAAACCUCCUCUGUCAGUGGAGGCAGCUUUCACUUCAUUGUGGGACAUCAGGUGACACAACAAGGGAAACAAUGGCAGCUGCUUCAAAUGUGGAGUUUGUGCGAACGGGCUACGGCAAGAAUUCAGUGAAGGUGAUGGUCAUCAGGAGACAGGCAAGACACCACUCCAUCACCGAGCUGAAGGCUGACGUGCAGCUCACACUCAGAUCCCGCAAGGAUUAUAUAAGUGGGGACAACUCAGACAUCAUCCCCACCGACACCAUCAAAAACACUGUCCAUGCCCUGGCCAAGAUUAAAGGGGUAAAGACCAUCGAGCAGUUUUCCCUGGAUAUCUGCAAUCACUUCCUGACAUCUUUCAGUCAUGUGCUGAGGGUCAAGGUCUACAUGGAGGAGGCUCCGUGGAGAAGGUUGGAGAAGAAUGGGGUAGAACAUGCUCACGCGUUCAUCCUCAGCCCAGAGUCUUGUCGCUUCUGUGAUGUUGAGCAGAAUCUCAAUGGUGCCCCAGUGGUUCACAGUGGGGUGAAGGACAUGAAGGUGCUGAAAACCACUCAGUCUGGGUUUGAGGGUUUUCUCCGAGACCGCUUCACCACUCUGCAAGACAGCAAAGACAGGUGUUUCUGCACCACUGUCUACUCCAGGUGGCGAUAUAACAAGGUCCAAGGUGUGGACUUUGAUGCCUCAUGGAAGCGUGUGAGCAACACAAUCAUUGAAAAGUUUGCUGGCCCUUACGACUAUGGAGUGUACUCUCCAUCUGUGCAGAUGACCCUUUAUGAGACACAGGUUCUGGUCCUGGACAGAGUUCCUGAGGUGGAGGAAAUAGAGAUCGCCAUGCCCAACCAGCAUUACUUCACCAUUGACAUGACAAAAAUGGGCCUUUCCAACAAAGAUGAAGUACUCCUUCCCCUGGAUAAUCCCUCAGGAAACAUCACAGGGACACUGCGCAGGAAACAGCAAGCAAAACUGUGAAGCCACCGACACAAAUCAAGAAAAGGCUCCUGCUGUUGUCAGGAUAAAAAAACACAAAGCCCUGAAAAUGUUCCUAUAAACCUUUGUUAGAAUUAUGAUUUCUCAAAGAUUAUAACAUUUGACAAAGUUAUGUGAAAAUGUGAAUACCUUGUUUUAAAAAGCUGCCAUUUAA